AUGGCUGACCGUAUCGGUGCGCCUACACCGAACUUUAUGUUGACCGAGCGCGACUCAUUGCCAAACAACAGACCUCUCGGCAAGCUCUGCUCCGAAUGGAAACAUUGUACGAAACCAUCGGAGAUCGUCAUUCUCCUCCAGGCUGGGGCCGCCAACGUUACUGGCCUUAACAGUGACCUUGGCCUUGCCAGCCAUCUGGUGCUUGGCCACAUGCCUAAAGCAAUACUUGAAAGGUCGGACAAAUAUGCCGACAGGGUCCAGGUUUUUGUGGUUGGAAACGCCAUUGGUGCUGGUACGAUUGCCGGACCAAAGCCGGGGCACGAAGGCGACAGGAUCAACAUUAAGAGUUGGAGGGGGAGGAGGAGUAAGAGGAGGAGGAGGACAUGA